AUGGCAGAGUUUGAAAUCUCCAACUUCAACAUUUCGAGGGCCCAGGGGGUUUACGCGCGCGGGCUCACCGUCUGCCCCCAGCUCGAGCUGUGGACGUCCUACGUGAAGUUCGUGUACUGCACGGGGACUGUCGACGAAUUCCGCAAGGCGUUGAUGCGCGCCGUAGACAAGCUGCGUUGGGACCCCCGCGCAGCCCCCCUCUGGCGAGAACUGCUGCUGCUGGACAUUCGAAUUUAUAAUUCCUCUUUGUUAAGCCGGGGGCAGGUGCAGGGCCUUCUAUCGGACUUCACCGGCAGAGCCACAGGCCCUCUGAUUCCCACAGACUUGGAGCAGAAAGUGUUUAGGACUCCUUUGUCUCCAGGAGGCAGCAGUUUGGUGGACCAGUACGGGGACGUCAACGUGCUGCGGACAAACUACCAAACGGUAGGGUUUAAACAGAGGUUUACUUACGCCAGGAAGGCCCACGUCGAGUUGACGCGCCUCACGCGAGACAUUGACUGGUCGUGCGUUGCGCUGCCCCUCUCCGUCCCUGAUAAGUCGCGGCAGGUAGGGUUUAGGGUUUAG